GAUAAAUUGUUAAAAGAAGGAUAAAGCAUUAGUUAAAAGGAGCAAAAGUGCCACAAAAUUCUGUUUAUUUGGCCUUUCCAACAGACAAGAUGGUAGAAACAACCGUUUGUAAAACCCGUAGUCUAUCCGAACCCUAACACGAGUGCAAACAAUUGUGCAGUGGUCUCACUCUCAAGACCAGCAAUUAGGCUGCUCAAAUGAACAAACAGUCAAGCACUGCAUACCUACCAUUUCCAACACACUCAAGGUAUUUUGAUAAUUGAUUUUGAUGUUUCAGGCCAUUGCCUAGGUGGAAAGUAUCAUUUGAUUGGACAAGAAUUUUUUUGCGUAGCAAUUUUAGCCAGCUAACCAAACUGACCCUUUUCCGUUAUCACUGAAGUAUUUGAGUAUGAACUUGGACAGAAGAAAGUGCAUUUGGGAUACAUUGACUAGAAAAAUGGUUGUUGGGAGCAAGAUGAGAUGAGGCUGGCUACCUUUUCUUCAAGUCUUUGAAUUCUUGUUUGAGCUCUCAUCCUAGCAUUGUCCUCUUCUCAAAUCCAUUGCCUAUACCUUUUCAGUCAUGAAAAAUGUGGUCAAAACAUCUUUGCAAAACCAACCAGAUACUGUUGCUACCAUUGCUAACUUUUACGCAGUCCAGCUCCAACUUCUUUGCCGACAGAAAAAGCAUGCCACCUCAGCUUUUGCUCUUGUCCGAUCAAUCCAUGCCAACAUGAUCACCUCCGGAUUCAGGCCGCGUGGCCACGUCCUUAAUCGCUUAAUUGAUAUUUACUGCAAAAACUCCGGCCUUGUUUAUGCAAAGCGCCUGUUUGAUAAAAUUCCCCAACCAGAUGUCGUCGUAAGAACAACUAUGAUUGCUGCAUACUCUGCCUCCGCAGAACCCAAGCUUGCGAGAGACGUCUUUGACAAAACCCCAUUAAGCAUCCGUGACACUAUUUGUUACAACGCUAUGAUUACAGGCUAUUCACACAACAAUGAUGGCCAUGCUGCUAUUAAAUUGUUUCUUGAUAUGAGGUGGAAAAGUUUUCAGCCUGAUGAGUAUACCUACACCUCGGUGCUUGCAGCUUUAGCCCUUAUAGCUGAUCAUGAAAUGCACUGCCGGCAGCUGCAUUGCGCUGUUGUGAAGUCAGGCAUGGCUGAAAUUAAGUGUGUUGUCAAUGCACUUAUAUCAGUUUAUGUCAGAUGUGCUUCGUCACCCCUAGUAUCAUCCUUGCUGUUGAUGGACUCAGCAAGCAAGUUAUUCUAUGAGAUGCCAGAACGGGAUGACUUGUCCUGGACUACGAUUAUCACAGGGUAUGUGAAGAAUGAUGACCUUGAUGCUGCUCGAAAGGUUUUUGACGGUAUGGAUGAAAAAUUGCUUGUGGCAUGGAAUGCAAUGAUCUCUGGAUAUGUGCAUAAAGGUUUCAUCUUUGAAGCAUUAGACAUGUUAAGGAAAAUGUAUCUAGCGGGGAUGAAGCCCGAUGAGUUUACCUGCACCAGUAUCCUCAGUGCUUGUGCGGAUGCUGGAUUGUUUCUUCUUGGAAAGCAGGUGCAUGCUUAUGUUAGACGAACAGAAGAGGAAAUUCAUGUUUCUGUACAGAAUGCUUUAAUAACAUUAUAUUGGAAAUGUGGUAGAGUCGAUGAGGCAAGAAAAGUUUUUGAUAAUCUAGUCUUUAAGGACCUUGUUUCGUGGAAUGCAGUUCUAUCAGCAUAUGUGAGUGCAGGACGGAUUAAUGAAGCUAAACUAUUUUUCGAUGAGAUGCCAGAGAAGAAUUCCCUGGCAUGGACUGUAAUGAUAUCAGGAUUUGCACAAAAUGGACAGGGGGAAGAAAGUCUCAAACUGUUCAACCAAAUGAGAGUAAAUGGGACCGAGCUGUGCGACUAUGCAUUUGUAGGAGCUAUUACAUCUUGUGCAGUGCUUGCAACACUAGAAACUGGAUGCCAGCUCCAUGCUCAGCUUAUCCAGCGUGGUUUUGAUUCAAGCCUUUCAGCUGGAAAUGCAUUGAUAACAUUUUAUGGAAGAUCUGGGGUCAUUGAAGCUGCACGCACUGUGUUUCUCACAAUGCCUUGUGUAGAUUUGGUAUCCUGGAAUGCAUUAAUUGCUGCCUUGGGACAACAUGGAUAUGGUGCUCAAGCUGUAGAACUUUUUGAUCAGAUGUUAUGUGAACAUAUAACGCCUGACAGAAUAAGCUUUCUCACAGUUAUAUCUGCUUGUAGUCAUGCAGGAUUGGUUGAAAAGGGACGAGAAUACUUUAAUAUAAUGCAAAGUGUUUAUAAGAUAAAUCCAGGAGAAGAUCACUAUGCCCGUUUAGUUGAUUUGUUGUCUCGAGCUGGAAUGUUAUCAGAAGCAAAAGAUGUGAUCCAGAGUAUGCCUAAUAAACCUGGGGCACCCAUUUGGGAAGCUCUUCUUGCUGGUUCCCGAACUCAUAGGAACGUUGAUUUGGGGGUUGAAGCAGCAGAAAAACUCUUUGAGUUGACGCCACAACAUGAUGGAACGUACAUACUUCUGGCUAACACAUUCGCUGCUGCAGGCCGAUGGGAUGACGCUGCUAAGGUGCGAAAACUGAUGAGAGACCAAGGGGUGAAAAAAGAGCCUGGAUGUAGUUGGAUUAAGGUUGAGAAUACCAUUCAUGUCUUUUUGGUGGAUGAUACUGCACAUCCUGAAAUUCAAGCAGUGUACAAUUACCUGGAGGAAUUAAGACUGAAGAUGAGGAAAAUGGGAUACGUUCCAGACACGCAAUAUGUGUUGCAUGAUAUGGAGACUGAGCAAAAGGAGUAUGCUCUAUCAACUCAUAGUGAAAAGCUGGCGGUUGUAUUUGGGCUCUUGAAGCUUCCUCGUGGAGCCACAAUUAGGGUCUUCAAGAACCUUCGGAUUUGUGGUGACUGCCACAAUGCGUUCAAGUUCAUGUCGAAGGUUGAGGCAAGAGAAAUCAUCGUCAGGGAUGGGAAUCGGUUUCAUCAUUUCAGGGAUGGUGGAUGCUCAUGUGGGAAUUACUGGUGAAUAUGGAUAACGAUUAGUGUCACCUAACGAGUGUCUUGGCUUUGGAGAUUUGAAGAUGUCAUUCUGGAACAGGUUGUGUUGCCAGGGAAAAGUUACAGCACCUUCGGACAUUAAAUGUAAGACUUCAAAGCUAGAAGUAGGAAUAUGCUGCUACAACUUGUUUGUCUGUGGCAUUUUGAAUACGGAUGUGCAUGGUGAAUGUUUCUGGUUUGUGGUUUCCUGGUGGUGAAUGCUCAUUGUGUUCCUUCUAGUUUCUUAAGGAGUACAGCUUACAACGCAGGCAAAGAUGAGCACCUUCAUGUCCUACACUAUGUACACCCCAUUUGUCCUGAUGAUUUCUGCUAGUGUAGGGCUGAAGGCAGACUAGUUUGCUGCAAUUUUCCUUGGUUGGCACAUUUGUCUCUUUAGCAAGUGAACUGCUUUUUCACGUGCCCUUAUUGGACUCGUUGAACUUGAGGGUUGCUCUUCGUUUGUGACCGUUCUGAUCAGCUGUAUGCUUUUUUGGGAUGCUCUGUGCAGCAGAUAUACUUGUAUUUCAAGGAGUUUCCCCCUAAUAUCUGGUGCAGAGUGGCUGAUCUUGUUGCUUUACUCAACUAGAACAGCCACUCUCUAAUAGAGUGCUUUGAAGUGGCUUUAACUAGGCUUGAUCCCAGCCACUGAAAAUUAUUGUUUUUGGGAUCACUGAAGUUUUCUUGAAGAACAAUUGAUCUUAGACAAUUGAUCUUAGCAAACUCUGGUGUCAAGCUCGCAUUCAAAUUCAUUCUUGAGAAGAACCAAAGGAUUUGACAGAGGUUAUAGACACUUACAGUUAUAUCACUUUAGUAUAGAUUCAUUUGUCAUCAUUUUUCUUAUCUUUGUGGGAUGGACACAAAAAAUUGUUUACAUAUUUGUUGUGCUCAUCUCUCCUGGGAUCAUACAUUUGAAUGCAAGCACAUGUUGUAAUUCGACAAUAUGUUUUAGAAUGGCUUCGCCAACCUUCAUGCUA